AUGAAAAGUGAUGUAUUUUUUCAAUUAGGCCUCAACGACAGCAGAAUAUUUGAUCUCUACAGUAAUAAUGGCAGCGAGAGUUGUGAUCCAUUCAAGCAGUUUAGUGCGCCAAGUAAGAAAAAUAAUUUUGAAUUUUACAUUACUAUAGCAAAAAUAUAAUACAUAGUAAAAGCUUACUCUAACAUAACUACUUUCAGAAGACCUAUGUUCGUACGUAACAGCAAACGAAGAUGUAUGCUCCAGUGGUGGCUACAUACUAUGGACUCAAUUUGCAUUAUGUACAGAAGUCACAGCUCUACGUUAUGCUUUAUGGGUACCAUUAGCAGUACUAUACAUGAUAAUUGCGUUAAUGAUGUUAGGUUCAGCAUCAGAUGAGUAUCUGUGUGCUAGUAUAUCAUCAAUAGUACGACAACUUAAAAUAUCUCAGAACGUGGCGGGUGUAACAUUAAUGGCAUUUGGCAAUGGAGCGCCAGACAUCUUCGGCAUGCUUGUUGAAGUCGUCGUUGCUGAAAGUCCUAAGGCUGACUUGGCGCUGGGACAACUUUUAGGUAGGCUUAUGCGAUAGUUGGUAUGUAAUGUAGAAUAUGGGUGCUGCACAGUAAGAUUAAAGGUACGACUAGAGGUAAAGGUAGGGAUAUGAUUAGGUAAGAGUAAGGACGAGUUGGCAGGGUAAGGCAGGGAAUGGAAAAGUAAGCCGGGGUGUGGUACUAUAGGGUAGGGUAGGGUAGAGUAGGGAAGGGUAGAGUAGGGUAGGGUAGGGUAGGGUAGGGUAGGGUAGGGUAGGGUAGGGUAGGGUAGGGUAGGGUAGGGUAGGGUAGGGUUCUGUACGGUACGGUAGCAUCAAAUACUGCAUGAUGAUUUACCCCAAAGUAAAACAAAAACUUUAGGUGGUGGCAUGUUUGUGACCACAAUAGUACUAGCCCUCAUUAUACUGCAUAAACCCUUCAAAGUGAUGCGUCGUCCUAUAAUCCGUGACAUCUCAUUCUAUUUGAUCUCAUUGAUAUGGCUGGUACUAACAAUCUCGUUUUUUGAUAAAAUGACAUAUUGGCAACCGAUGGUAUUGCUAAUAUUUUACUUGAUCUAUGCUGCAAUUGUGAUUUUUGGCUCAUCGGUGAAAAACGGUCGAUUUUUGUGUUUCAAAUGGAAAGAAUCGCCUCAACAUCGACUGUCAAGUAGACGAAUAUCCAGGAAGAAGUCAAUUGUACCUCCUGUUUUGGCUGGUAAGUUUUUUUUUUUUUUUAAAAAAUUUUUUUAGAUUAUUGUUUUUUAGUCAAAUUUUUCACUUUUUUGUAAAAAAGUUGCAGAAGUUGCCAAAAAAGUCGCCGCAACUUUUUGGCAACGAUUUCAUAUAUUUCAGUAAAAAAUAAAAUUUUUAAAAUAAAAAUACUGUAAAAUUAAUAAAAAUGAUAUUCAGGUCACAUAGUAGAGCUAGCCAUUAGUACUGUCGGUCCAGAAGAUGGUAUAGCGGUUACGGUCGCUUCUUGUUCGCCAAGUAAAGUAUCGCCAAUUCCGACAAAAUCGCCGAGACAAAACUCUUUUAACAACGGAUUUCUUACUGUUGAUUGCGGGGUAAGUAGCCAGGGACCGAUCCUAAUUUUUUUGUCCGUACACUUUGAUACGUGACUCGGCUCGCCCUUUCAUAUGAUUUAUUAAAAUAAAAGGAAAGUUGUAUCGUACUGCUUCUUCUUUAAACUUUAAAACCGACCCUUUUUAAACUACAGUUUCAGAUAAACAAACACCGCUCCACCAGCACCCUUUCACGUCGCAGUAACAUAACAAUAGUACCAGUAGGCGAGCCAGAAGACGAUCUAUCACCCCGUCUCUACCGUGAUCACGGCAAAUUCUUCACAGACGAAGUGGACUCCGACGACACAAGUUGCGAGCUUGUUGAAGAUGCCAUAGACAACAUAUCAACCACGUCCAGCUCUCCCAACAUUAGCUACGGAUCAAUCUCACCCAUAACAGACGAAUCAGAAGGAAUAAUAAAGAGAAAAUACCACGAUUACAGUAAGAAAUUGGGUCAUUCGUACAAGAAAUGGUACAAUGCAAGCUUGGCCAAUGAACCGUGGUACUGUAAGGUCAUUGGGUUUUUGAGAUUGCCGUGUAAAGUGCUACUGUAUUUGACAACACCUAGUACUACGAGGGAAUGGAACAAGUAUCUGACGCUACUACAUUGCUUUACUAGCCCGGUGUUUGUGGUUUUUGCUUUUAAUGGUAAGUUAAUUGCAAGAACUUUCUUUACAAAACAAAAUAUUGCAAGAAUUUUCCUUACAAAACAAAAAUGGCAAGAACUUUCUUUACAAAAUAAGUAAUGGCAAAAAUUUUCAUUACAAAACAAAAAAUGGCAAGAACUUUCUUUACAAAACAAAAAAUGACGAAAACUUUAUUUACAAGAUAAAAAAUCGCAAGAACUUUCUUUACAAAACAAAAAAUGACGAAAACUUUAUUUACAAAACCUGCAUAAAACAAGUUUUAGUAGCCCUAUUGAAUCCCCACCCAGAUGGCCCAGACCUAUGGAUAUACAUUACUGUGCUAUCAACUGUAAUGGCAUUAAUAAUAUUGUUGACAACGAGUGAAGAUAGAGAGCCAUUGCUAUAUCGGGUGAGUGUUUACAUACUUUUGAGUAGAGUAGGGUAGGGGAGAGUAGAGUAGGGUGGGGUAUGUUAUAAGAUACAGUAAUAGAUACUAUUACGUAACUUUAUACACUAUAUAACACUAUAUGAUGACUUACGUUCAGUACAUUCAACCCUACGCGAGCUUUGCCGUAUCAGUAGCAUGGAUAUACUGGAUGGCGGCUGAAAUAGUAAACGUAGUCAUGAUGAUUGGAGUCGUGUCAAGGGUAUCUCAUGUUGUACUUGGAUUGACAGUAUUGGCAUGGUCAAACAGUCUUGGCGACGUUGUAGCCGACGUGGCUGUGGCAAAACAAGGUUUUCCUCGAAUGGCUAUAUCUGCUGUCAUUGGCGGUCCUUUACUCAGUAAGUUAUUCUAAACUAUACAUCAUAGUUAAAAAGAUAUGUUAAGCUAUCUACCUGUGGUGUGUAAGCUUUAUAUUGUCAUUGUUUUUAAAGCUUAACUUAAUUUUUUUGUAGUGAUAAUGAUUCAUAUUGAUAAUAUUGUUUUAGACCUGCUCAUGGGCUAUGGGCUAUCGUUUAUGAUUGCUUGUUUGAAUGGCAAAAAAGCAAUUAUUGUAAGUUUUUUUUGUUUUUAGUAUAAAGCGCAUUAAUUUUUAUCUUGCCGAACAAUUACAAGAAUUGUUACUAUGACCUGAUCACAACGUUUCGCUGCGGGACUUAAGCAGGGUUUCUUAGGUCUUCAUUUAAGCCCAGACUUCCAGCCUACUUGUAGGAUGGGCCAGCUAAGGCAGGGCCGGGAUUAGUGACCGUUUUUUGGUCUAUUUGUUAGCGAAAAAAAAAGAUUUUGUUUUCGCCGCCACAAUCUUUCGUUGUGGGAUUAAUUUAAACAAGAAAUGGAAACAUUAUUAAUGAUGAGAAACUCAAAACAUCUUUAUUUUUUAACUGAUUUAAAACAAUUUUUAUCAAUUCAAAAAGUUUUUUUUAUAAAUCUUAAAUUAACAAACUAAUUUUAGAUAGAAGCAGACAAAGUGCCUCAAAAGCAGUUAAUGAUCUUUUUCCUAUGUCUCUCAUUGAUCUCAACCUUGGUGUUAUUAAUAAUCAACAAGUUUCACACAAAAAGAUAUCAUGCAUUUUACUUGAUCGCUCUUUACGCCGUGUUUUUGGCUGCCAAUUUGGGUAUGGAAAGCGAUUACAUCAAGUGUAAUGUGCUGCAACAACAACAGUAUUGUUCAUAA